ACAUUUUUUCCCCCAACAUAAUGGUUUACUUCUGAUCUGACCAGGGCCUUGCCAAAGUCACACAUCUAGUGAGUGACAGAAGCCAGUCCUGUCCUCCGGCCCACAGCUUGGCUUUCAGAAGGAUCACAGUGAGUAUUUCGAAUGCUGGCACAGCAGGACACAGUAAUGUGGUCUGGGCAGGUGGGACUCAGGGUGGGUAACCAAGACAGGCCAGCCCUGCCCAGCCGCUGAAAACAGAGCCGGGCAUCUCAGUCCCCCUGGGGCAUGUGCCCCUCUCUCACCGGCGCCAGCAGCCCUCCUCACCUGCAUGUCUCCCCUCUGAACUGCAGGAACGCGCCAGCCUCCAUGCCGCCCCUCCUGGUCACCCUCUUCCUCCUUCACUCCUGCUUCCUCCGAGGGGACGGCCACCUCCGUGAAGGCCUGGCAUUGCUGAAGACUGAGUUUGCACUUCGCCUCUACCGGAGCGUGGCAGCAGGUAGAAACGGGACGAACUUUGUCAUCUCUCCUGCUGGCGUGUCUCUGCCCCUGGAGAUCCUGCAGUUUGGAGCCGAAGGGAGCACUGGCCGGCAGCUGGCGGAUGCCCUGGGGUACACCGUGCAAGACCAAAAGGUGAAAGACUUCUUGCAUGCUGUGUAUGCCUCACGACCCAACUGCAGCCACGGUGCCGAGAUGGAGCUGGCCUGCAGACUCUUUGUGCAAGUGGGAACGCCGCUGUCCCCCUGCUUUGUGGAGCAGGUCUCCUGGUGGGCCAACAGCAGCCUGGAGCCGGCCAACCUCAGCGAGCCCAACGGCACCGCCAUCAUCAUCCCCGCCGGCGCAGGGGCCUCCAGACAGACUGCAGGUGGGGGCCCCGCGGGCUCGCAGGGGGGGCAGGCCGGCGCGGCCUCCGCGCAGCUGGCGCUUGUGAGCACCAUGUCCUUCCAAGGCACUUGGCGGAAGAGGUUCUCCCCCACAGACACGAAGCUCCUGCCUUUCACCUGCGCCCCCGGCCUGGUCCUCCAGGUCCCCAUGAUGCACCAAAUGGCCGAGGUCAACUACGGUCAGUUCCAGGACGCCGCAGGCCAUCAGGUGGGGGUGCUGGAGCUGCCUUACCUGGGAAGUGUGGCGAGCCUGAUCCUGGUGCUGCCCCGAGACAAAGACGUCCUCCUGGGCCACAUUGAGCCACACCUCACAGCCAGCAUCAUCCACCUCUGGACCACCAGCCUGAGGAGAGCCAGGAUGGACGUGUUCCUCCCCAGAUUUAGGAUCCAAAAUCAAUUCAACUUAAAAAGUAUUUUAAAUUCUUGGGGAGUCACUGAUCUUUUUGAUCCACUCAAAGCCAACUUGAAAGGAAUUUCAGGCCAAGAUGGCUUUUAUGUUUCUGAAGCGAUCCACAAUGCCAAGAUUGAGGUUUUAGAGGAAGGCACCAAGGCAUCUGCAGCUACAGCUCUGUUGUUACUGAAAAGGUCUCGGAUUCCCAUUUUUAAAGCAGAUCGGCCAUUUAUCUUUUUCCUGAGAGAACCCAAUACAGGUACUACAGUAUUUUUUGACAGGAUCCAGAAAUAUUUAUCAGUAUUUCCUAACAAGGGCUCAUUUGUCCACUACAGACUAAAACAAGGAUUCCUUCUAGCUGUUUCUAUGGUGCUUCAGAAGCUUCCCAGUUGCUGUGUCUUGUGUGCUGAGAAAAGGGACUAUUUCAUAAUUACCAAGGAAACUAUUAUCCUCUGUGCUUUUUGCCUUCUUGUUCCCUUAGUUCAUUUAUAGUUAAUGUAAAUUUUUUUAAAAAUUCAAGUUUCUACUUCUGGAGAGACUUAGAAAAAUUGCAAAAGUAUUAUAAAACGAUAAACCUUGCCUUUUUUCAGUUGUCCCUUAGCUUUUGUGUCAUUUUGGAAAUUAGGUAGGUUCUUGCGGUCACAAGAGUAUAACAGAGUAGUCCUCUAGUGACUCUAAGAUGCUAGUGAAUGCAUCUGGAUUUCUAUACCAUUCUUCUGUUGACCUUUCUCAAAAAUCAAAAUGUUUAAACCCUACUAUACAACCUUAUCUUAAUCCAAAGAUGGUAUGGUACACCAGGACAUGCAGAUGUCCUUUAAGCUUCAACACAAAAUUGAACAAAGUAUUUAAACUAUUCCUCUUAGUGUUCCUCCUCCCCCUCUGACAAUUACUUAUCAGCUUAGGAAGGAAAAGAGAUU